UUUGUUUACACACAGGGAGAGCCCAGCUGAUGCCUGGUGGCAGUCAGGAUUCCUGUGCUGGGGCUUCCAAUUAGAUCUUUAUUGCUUGCAAACUCCACCUACUAUAAAUAAGAAGAAGAUCUUUACUGGGUGGGUACUGCUGCUCGUCUCUCCGCGGGGGCAGCGCCAGGGUAUCACCAAGCACUGUACAGUGUGUUUAUCUGCCGUAAGGAGCAACUACUUUAGAGUAGCAGAUGUUAUUGGAGUUCUGAGUUUUUCUUCCACUAAAUCAUGGUGUGUGGAGAUUUAGUUCCAAACUCCAGAUAGCACGUCACCAAGAUAAUGGAGGAGAAAGUCACAUUUUCUAAUCUCCAGCCAGAUGCUUCAGAUCCAGCAAUGGCAAAGAGCAGAGCAGCGGUGAUUGCUCGAAUGGAAGAGAUUCGCCAGCAGUACAAUCAACUUGCACAGUAUCUGGCAGCACAGUCUCAACAAACACAUCACAUACAAGAUGUUGCUAGUCAAGAUCAGAACGAUGCAGAAGAAGCAACCAUGGAUGCACUCAAGAGGGAAGUGAAAAAUCUUUCCAAUCAACUUCAUAUACUGACAGCAGAGAAAGCUACGUUAGAGAGAACUUUAGAAGAGCACAAAAAUGACAGUACUAAGAGCAUUGCCAAGAUGAAUCAAGAGCUUAAAGGUUGGAAGGAUGACACUGAUGUCCUGAAGGAUAUUUUGAAGAGGCUCAAUGAGCAACUGAACCGAUAUCACAUAAAACAUGGGCCACUUCGAGGAGAAGAAGAAACGAGGCGUAUCACAAAAGAUAUCAGUCGUCAAAGUAUCUAUAAGUUGAAGGCGCUUCUCAUAGCUUAUGACGAGCUUCUUUUUGAACGGGAUUCAACAAUUAAGUCCAGCACUGAGAAACUCGAGAAAAUGAUGUUGCGUGUUAAUGAUGUUGUCUGUGAAAAUGAAAAGCUUCACAAUCGUUUAGAGAAGCUACAGUCAGAGGUACCACUUGGAUCUGAGGAAGCUGAAAUGGUUGCUGCUGAUGCCAGGCUCUUAUUAGAGGAGAGGGAAAUUUUGCUUCAAGAAAUACAGGUCCUUCGUCAGCAGAGGCAGCAGGAAGUGGCAGACUCGAAACAAGAAGUAAUGAGGCUGCAAGAUAAGUUAGAGGAAUAUGAGGUUAAGAACCAUACCUUGUCAUCUGAUCUGGAUACAUGGAAGGUAGAGAGUGCUCAGUUGGAGAAGCAAUGUCGGGCUCUUCGCGCUGAACUACGUGGCACUGUGUCAAAGCAAGAGCACCAGUUCGCUGUUGAUGAAUGUCAAAGGUUAUUUGAAGAACUGCGUGCUGCUUACGAUCAAAGAUCAGUGAACUUGAAGGGAAAAAUGCAAGCUGCAAAGCAUGAAAAAAAACAUUUGGCAGAAAAACUGACAGAUACUUCCACUCAUGUCCACAGUCUGAGUGUUCAGGUGUCUGGGCUCAAAGGCUCAUUACGGAAGACCGAGUGCAGGGUUCAGCGGCGGGAACGAUCCCUGAAGGCAAUGCACACAGCAGUUCGCUUGGCUCAGUCUCGACUAAAGUCCCUCACAGCAGUCUGCAGUGAACUUCUUGAAGAUCGAGAAAAGCUCCUGGAUGCAUUAGUAGCUCAACGAAAAGAGACAGAGGAGCUUUCACGAGAAGUCACUUUGCGUAGUGCAACUGUUGGGGUACUGUCACAGAAACUCAAGGAGGAACGAUUGACUUGGAGUGGACGUUUUGCUGAGAGUGAAGGUGCCUUAAAGGCAGCAAAGUCAGCUUGGAAGCGUUCAAAUAGGGAAGUCUCACAUUUACGCAGUUUAAUUGCUUCCAAAGAUGAUACAAUUGCUUCCCUCGUUGCUGAAUACAAACUUCUGGGAUUGGAUUAUGGUGAUGCCAAGUACCACAAUCUUCGUCAACACUUGCCAAAGCAUCACAAAGUUCCAGGAGGUGCAGGAUAACUAUAGAAAUGUUAAGGACAAAGUGAAUAUGUUUUGACAUCACAUACCUAUAUUUUACACAACUUUUCCCACUUCAUUCUCUGGAGCAAGCAGUAAACUAUGCAGGAUGUAACUGUGUAAUUAUCUUAAUGUUUCAUGCCUGGAAUAUCACUAAGUAGAAGCAUGUUUAGUACUGUACAAGGAGAUGCUUGUCUACAUUUCUUUCUCAUGACCAGAGCUAAACACUGGUCUAUUAAAACCUUAGGAAGAUGUACCAGAACUCAGAGACAGACCCUUUCUUACUGGGAGCCAGGACCAGAAUUUGGCUCUUUGCGAGAUGAGGGGAGCUUUGGGUCUGGAGAUCAAUCCAAACCAAGAGAAAAAACACCAGAAAACAUGAGCACAACAAAACAAGCAACUGCUUGAAUUUUAGGUAUCCCAUGGUAAUGAGGAGCUUGUUACUUGGGGUAAAUACCCCUAACUGUUGUUUUCCGACCGUUCCCUGCGGUCGCUUGUUCCUCGAUAGUAUUCUUGGUGACUCGGAUACUUUUGAUAUCGUUCACCAUAUGCGUUUCUAUUCUCGUAUUGGCAUCCUUGGUGAUAUUUAGCGCCCUCUGAUUAUCCCGCACAUUUGAUGGUGCUACAUAGCCUUCCCGGUUUGGUGCCUUCUUUUGAUAAUUACUUACUUACCCCUAACUGUGAAGUGAUUGACUGCCACUAGGGUGGCAACCCAGAUCACUUUGAGCUCCAAACAGUAGACAAAUCCUCAUUCUAGGCUCCAAAUACACAUUCUACCAGCCAAUGAGGUAGGUAAAUGUGUUUGCCUGUUGAAAUAAUAAUUUGUGUUCCUCUUUGAUUUCAUAACAUGAAAAAAGGAUUUGAUUUUUUUAUUUAUUCUUGCACAUACUAUACUGUAUGGGGAAAGGGACCAUUUCCUCCAUUAAAGGUAGUUAAGAUACAUCCUAACAUAGCUUUAGAUUUUGAAGAGCAAUUCUAAUCAAAACCUAAUACUGUAAUAGAUUUUUAGAAUUGCUAUUUUAUUAUCAUAACCAAAGUGAUCGUACAAAGGCACUAUAUCUAGUCGUUAGGUGACAAAAUCAAACGUUUACAGUACCAUUUCUGUGUUCUGUCCAGUGACUCAUAUUUUAUGAGCAUUUGAACUGUAUGCCUUAUUAAUGUAACUACUAAUGUAGUGUAUGGAAGGAUGUAUAUGACAUUUCAGGACUGCAAUAAAUUGCCAGGCUGUAUAUAAUUUUAUAUAUGCUAGUAAUAAUUAUAUAUUAUAAUUUUAAGGGUUAAGAUUGUUUUCUAAAUCUUAGUGUGGUUUAAAUAAAAUACAGUUAGGAAUUAUUUUGUGCUCUUUUUAUGAACAAUGUGUCAACAUUUAUCACUAAUUCAUAUGUUGUUUAUACUGUAAUUUUGAUUAAAAUGCAAAACACAGUGUUUCAGUAAUGUGCUAUUUAACAUGCAGAAAAUAAGUCACAAUAGUGUGGUUGAAAACUAAUACCCGGUUUAGACAUACAAAAACAGUGUCAAUAUUUUGGUCCAUCCUGUAUAAUGUUACUCAUUAUUGUGAUGUUCUGUAUAUUCAGGCUUAAAUUUUUUUUUUUUGAUUUUGUGUUUGUUCCCCUCCAUCCCGCACACAUAUACUGUAUGACAUCCAUACUUUUGAACUUAGACAAUUUUAGCCCAAUUUGUUUCUUAUAUGUGUAUCUGAGAUGUAUUUUCCUGUUGUUCCCAAAGGUAUAGUAUCCUCUGCAUUCACAGGAUCAUGAUGCAUGUAGAGAGGAACACAAGGGGCAUAAAUUGUUACAAGGGCACAUAUGUAUGUGCAUUAGAUCAUGCAGCAGCAUUGUUGGCGAACCAAAUAAAAACACUGGUAAUCACUGGGAAUAAACUAUCCAGAAAGAAAAACAGAUAUUGCUAGGGAUUGUUCUAAUGCUAAGUACAAGUAGGUACCAGUAAUGACCAGCAAAGCAAAAGAAAAAAAGCAGCCCUGCUCCUGUGCCAGGUAAGUCCACUACGGGCACACCAUGACUUGUGCUACUUUGGAACUUUUGUUCCGAGUAGCUGAAUCUAAAAUGACAACAAGCACAGCCCAGAGUACCCCUAAUUAGCAAGCAAACCACCUGUUAAGUACUCUAACCCCCACCAGGUGGCAGCACAACUGCAAGUCGGGCCUAGGUCCCACCUAGGCCCCAGCUCAAAAUCUGAUAUUUUGUUUGCUGAUUAGGGUGAUUUUGGCUUCCUUUGAUGGUCAGGAACAUUGUCACUGCAACUUGUUUGUGCUUGUUUGUGCUUGAACAAUGAAAUUGAAUUGAAAUUGAAAUAUGUAUAUUGAGGUAUAAAUACACACAAAGGGAUGAGGUAGCUCAAGCUAUUCUCACCCCAUUCAGUACAAAACAUUCAUAUAUAUAUACAGUAUAUGAUUAACACACACACACACACACAUCACAAACAAUCAACACAUUACUGAACAUUAUGGUUGCUUAAGAACAGACCCUCAUGAAGAUCUGUUAUUCUUACUGGAAUGUUUAUUUCACAAUGACUCUCAGGAACUUUGUAGUCUGGCAAAGAUUUUCAAUGAUCUGAUUUACAAACAUGUACUGCUGUAGUGCCAAUGCCAUAGGAAUUCCUGUUCUGAAGAAAUCCCUCGGAGGAUUAUUAUACCUUUGAGAGUUAAUUUACACAUUUUCUGAUAAUGGAGCUUUUUACAAGCUCCAAAAAUUAUAAUUUAGCAAUGUGGAAUGAGUAAGACAACUUUAAAUAAACUGAAUUCUUGUUGACAUAUUUAUGAGGGGUAUAAAUGAAUCUUUCUAUUUGUAUGACUUAAUAUUAAAACAAUAUAAGAGAGGCUGCUGCUCAGUCUGUAUUGAACUGUAGCUGAAACUUGGCCAGUAUUUUAUUUUUAUAUUUAAUACAGUAGAGUAAGAAGAAUUUAUGGAUAAAAGUGCAGUUUGUGUGGUUUGAUAGUGCUUCUGAAUACAUUCAAUAAAAUCAAACAUGUUAUGCUUUUGUUAUAGCAUGACACAUACAGAAAAUAAGCUGAACAAAAGUUUAAAGUGAAUUAAAGAGAUAGAUUAGAAUAUUAACACCUGGGGCAGUGUUUCAUCCUCUGGUUAGCUGUAAUUGGUGAAUAAUGCACUUGUUGAAGAAUGCAUUUUUUACGUCAAUUUUUGCUUAUUUUUUUUUUUUCAUUAGAAAGGAUUUCUUUUUAUAAGGCUGCCAUUCUUUGAUGGAUGCAUCCUUGAAAAUCUGGACCUCCACAAUACUAAGUCCUCCAAAUAAAGGAUUGAAUCUUCCCAACAGAUUUUCAUCUUAGGAAUUUAGAUUCUUUGAAAAAAUUGGAACCUGGAGAGGGUUGCUGUAAAAUUCAGGAUCAUCAGUUCAUGAUGUGUAAACAAAUUGCCAUUAAAUAAUACUUCUUUCUUUUUUAUUUUUGCCAAUCUAGAUUUGUAAGUACAGUAUUUAUAAGUACAGUAUAAUAAUAAUAAUGCUUAUUUGCAAGUAUUAUUUAAAGUAAGGAAAUUACUAGUAUGUAUUAAAAAUGUUUGACUAAAUUUGUAGUAUACUAUAAAUUGUACAAACACA